AGGGCUCCACAGAGUGACAGGGAAUCAAGGCACCACCCCCCUUCCUGCACACACAGAGACGCAUCCACGUCUUGAAGGGUCUUGGUCUCUGUGUAAGGCCUUCACUGUCUCUGUCCCUCAUCUCUGGGUCUCUUGCAGCCUCCUUCUCUCUCACUUUCUCUUUGCAUUUGCCAGAACCUGACCUCCAGACCCCAGAAUGCUCCUCCUGCUGACAGCACUCCAGAUCAUGGCUCUAGCCAUGGCACAGAGCCAAGAGGAUAAGGACAAGAUACUUGGUGGUUAUACAUGCAUCCAGAACUCCCAGCCAUGGCAGGCGGCCUUACUGGCAGGUCCCUUUCGUAGUUUCCUCUGUGGAGGGGUCCUGCUGUCAGGCCAAUGGGUCAUCACCGCUGCUCACUGUGCCCGCCCGAUCCUUCAUGUAGCCCUGGGCAAGCACAACCUGAAGAAUUGGGAGGCUACCCAGCAGGUGCUGCGUGUGGUUCGCCAGGUGCGACACCCCCAGUACAACUCCCGGACCCACAACAACGACCUGAUGCUGCUGCGGCUGGAGCGGCCUGUUCGGCUGGGGAGGGCGGUGAAGCCCAUUGCCGUGGCCAAUACCUGCAUGAGCCCAGGGACCCCCUGUCUCGUGUCUGGCUGGGGCACCACAUCUAGCCCCAUUGCCAGGUACCCCAACUCCCUGCAGUGCGUGAACAUCAACAUCUUCUCGGAUCAAGAGUGUCAGGGGGCUUAUCCCGGAGCCAUCACUGCCGGCAUGGUCUGUGCAGGUGUUCCCCAAGGAGGGAAGGACUCUUGUCAGGGCGACUCAGGGGGACCCCUGGUGUGCAAAGGGCAACUCCAGGGCCUCGUGUCCUGGGGGAUGGAGCGUUGUGCCCUGCCCGGCUACCCUGGGGUCUACACCAACCUGUGCAAGUACCAGACCUGGAUCCAGAAAACCAUCCGGAGAAGAUGAUUGUUGGUAUGACUUAACAUCAGCUGCCCAGCUGUCUCCCCAGACCCUGCUCUCUCCACUCAAGACCCAGGAGUCCCAGCCCCCAGCCCCCCAGCCCUCCUCCUCCCUCAGACCCAGGAGUCUGGGCCCCCAGCUUCUUGAUGGGGACCCCUGGCCCAGGACUCCCCUUUCCCGAAGAAAUUCCUUCAGGUUUUCUCUCCACUCCCCCACAACGCCAUUAUUCAAGACCCCUUCGGUACAGGGACAAGAGCAUGAAAACACAUGCUUUGGGGCAUCAUACCCCAAAGAAGACAGUUUUCAAAGCUUAGUGUCUCUAAAAACCAGACAAAUAAUAAUAAAAAUGGAAUAAUCCUAAAGUCCA